UAGCUGCACCCUCCACCGAAACGCUUAAACCCUAAUAAUACCACACGGGCACACAGACACUCUCUGAAAUCAAAUCGGGCAUGGCUAAACUAUCAAACCCAGCGAGCACCGAUGCCAACUCCAGCAAGAAGAGCAAGAAGAAGAGGAACAAGUCAGGCCCCAACGCCGUAGCCAUGAAAGUGCAGGCCCCAAAGCCCAACCCUUUCGAGACCAUUUGGUCCCGCAGAAAAUUCGACAUACUCGGAAAGAAGCGCAAGGGAGAAGAGCGCCGUAUCGGACUCGCUCGCUCCCUCGCCGUUGAAAAGAGGAAGAAGACGCUGCUGAAGGAGUAUGAGCAAAGUGGGAAGGCUUCGGUGUUCUUGGAUAAGCGUAUUGGGGAGCAAAACGAUGCACUCGGCGAGUUCGAUAAGGCUAUUCUGCGGUCUCAGCGUGAGCGUCAGUUGAAAGUGAAUAAAAAAAGCAAAUAUAACUUAUCAGAUGGAGAAGAAGAAGAUUUUGAAAUCCAUGGCCUUGGUGCAUUGUCCGAAAGGGAUGAUUUUGAGGAUGAAAUGCUGCCUGAUGAUGAUGACCAUGAUGGUGAAGCCCCUGAGAGGUCAGUGAUGCUAAAGCAACUUCAUGCUCAUAAGACAGAGAAUCGACUGGAAAGGGGUCUGGUUGAAGGAGAGGAAAAUAAACACAAAAGCAAGAAAGAAGUGAUGGCAGAGAUUAUCUCAAAGAGCAAAUUUUUUAAGGCCCAAAAAGCCAAAGAGAAGGAUGAAAAUGAACAUUUGAUGGAAGAAUUGGACAAAAACUUCACAUCCUUAGUGCAGUCUGAGGCGUUAUUAUCGUUAACUGAACCAGGAAAGAUGAAUGCUUUGAAGGCUCUUGUAAACAAGGGCAUCCCAAAUGAGCAAAGGAAGAAGGAUGAGUCAUGUAGAACUCAAAAAAUAGAAACUAUUAAUCAGGAUCAACCCGAUUCUUAUGACAAACUUGUCAAAGAGAUGGGACUGGAAAUGCGUGCUCGCCCCUCAGACAGGACUAAGACUCCUGAAGAGAUUGCUCAGGAGGAGAGAGAACGACUAGAGCGUUUGGAGGAAGAGCGACAGAAGAGAAUGCUUGCUCCUGAUUAUUCCAGUGAUGAAGACAAUGAUGAUGCUGAGAAACAGUCUACCCAGGGGCUAAGAUCCAUAUCUGGGGAUGAUCUAGGUGAUUCCUUCUCACUCGAAGAGCAGCCCAGGACCAAAAAGGGUUGGGUUGAUGAGGUUCUUGAAAGAAGGGAUGAGAACAAUUUUGAGAGUGAAGCUUGUGAUUCUUCUGGUGAUUCAGAAACUGCUGAAGAUCAAGGUGAUGAAGAAGAAUCCGAUGAAGAUAAUGAGGAAGGUGAAAGCAACCUAUCUUUGAAGGACUGGGAACAAAGUGAUGAUGAUAAUCUUGACACGGAUUUGGAAGACGAUAAAGAAGGUGAAGAAGAACUUGAUGAUGAUGAUGAUGAGCAAUGGAUGGGGCCAAGAGAUCAGAAAAAGGCAGAGAACAAUGAUACUUCUAAAACUAGUAAGACAGAUAAAGAUACUUCAGAAGCCAAGAAAAUAAAAGCAGAUGGUAGAAACCUUUCAACUCAAGCAGACCUUCCCUACUUAAUUGAAGCUCCGACGAGUUUUGAAGAGUUAUCUUCAUUGUUAGACAAUCGCUCUAAUACUGAAAUUGGGUUGAUAAUCAAUCGAAUUCGGGCAAGCAAUGCAAUCAAGCUUGCAGCAGAAAAUCGAAAGAAAAUGCAAGUGUUUUAUGGUGUACUACUUCAGUUUUUUGCCAUCUUAGCAAGUAAAAAGCCUUUAAAUUUCGAGCUACUAAAUUUGCUGGUGAAGCCAUUAAUGGAGAUGAGUGUGGAGAUUCCUUACUUUGCUGCAAUAUGUGCUCGUCAAAGGAUAUUACGGACUCGAUCACAACUUUGUGAGAGCAUCAAAGACCCAGAAAUUAGCAGUUGGCCUUCAUCAAAAACGUUAUUUCUUUUAAGGCUCUGGUCCAUGAUAUUCCCUUGCUCUGACUUUCGUCAUGGGGUCAUGACUCCAGCAGUAUUGUUGAUGUGUGAAUAUCUGAUGCGCUGUCCUAUUGUGUCGGGUCGUGAUAUUGCAAUUGGAUCUUUCUUAUGCUCUAUGCUUCUCUCUGUCACUAGACAAUCUAAGAAGUUCUGUCCUGAAGCAAUAAUGUUUCUCCGAACUUUGCUGAUGGCAGCUACAAACAGGAAACAUGUUUCAUGUCAGGAUUCUCAAUUUUAUCAUCUUAUGGACUUCAAAGCAAUCAGGCCAUUACUUUGCGUACGUGAUUGUGAAGUUGAGAGUAGUCCUCUGAAUUUCACAACGAUAAUGGACAUGCCUGAGGACUCACCUUUUUUCACCUCUGAUAACUUCAGGGCAAGUGUGCUGGUAACUGUGAUUGAAACCCUACGUGAAUAUGUAAACACUUACGAGGGAUUGAGUUCCUUUCCUGAAAUGUUCUUGCCGAUUUCGAUGUUGUUAUUUGAAGUGGCACAGCAGGAAAACAUUCCCUAUGUGUUGCAAGAUAAAUUUAAAGACGCUGCACAACUCAUUAAGACUAAAGCAGAGGAACAUUACAUGCUACGGCGACCACUUCAAAUGCGGAAGCAGAAGCCACAGCCUAUCAAACUACUGAAUCCAAAAUUAGAGGAGAACUUUGUGAAGGGGAGAGAUUAUGAUCCAGAUCGUGAACGGGCUGAGAGCAGAAAGUUGAAGAAACUUUUAAAACGUGAAGCUAAAGGGGCAGCUCGUGAAUUGCGUAAAGACAAUUCUUUCUUAUUUGAGGUGAAAGAAAAAGAGAAGAGACUGGUGGAAGAAGAAAGAGCCGAGAAGUAUGGGAAGGCUUUAGCUUUCCUUCAAGAGCAAGAACAUGCUUUCAAAUCUGGGCAAUUAGGAAAAGGCAAUAAGAGGAAGAGAUGAAGCAGACUUUUCAUGGUGUGUUAGACGUUGUCUAGUUUAGAAAGUAUUUAGGUAUACAUAGUGGCAUUGAUUCCCAUGUCCUCUUGUUGUAGCCUUUUGUAAUUCGGAUAUUUGAUCGCAUUGAGUUGAAGCCUGGAAUUGGAAUUAGAGGCUCAAUUUCAAUUGACCGUGCUAACAUUAUUACAUUCUCACAUUGAGUCUAGCCAAGCAAAAGCAGUCAAAUAAUUUGGUGAA